AUGAUACAAUCAUCCCUGCCACUUCAAAAUUUAUGCGCGCGGCUUCCCAUAGGGCGUCGGAACCUUUCCGGUUUCGAUUUGAGUGCCCUCUCGUCUCGUCUUUUGGAGGUGGUUCGGAGUGGAAGCUUAAAUCCGCCCAAUCCUGUCCUGAAAAGUUUGAGAAAUAAGGCCGAUGAUUGUUGGCAUCCUGAGUUUAGGAGAAUGCUACCUUACCACCUUGAGAAUGCAAUUCAAUCGACCAGAACGCAGUACUCUGUUGAUUUGGCAGAGUUAGAAGUGGCAAUCACAGCUGGUGUUGACAAGGAAACACAAUGGAAGACAACAUUAGAUCUCUUGAAUCGAAUAGAUGAGAUUGAAGCGCCAUUGUAUCAAAUUAAAGAGGUCGGACAAUUGUUUUCCGAGCUGGCUGCUUUGCCAGAUCAACAAAAGCAAUGGCAAGAAGCACAUAGAAAAACCAGAUCUAUUCGGGGGGCGCUCCGACCGUUCACAGGGUCCAAAAUCAUCUACCAGACGCUAACUGAGAUGGCUGGUUCAUCCACGGAUGCUCACUUUCCGAUUUAUUUGCGACUUGCUUUUGAGAGAAACGGAUUAUGUGCGGAUGAAGGUCAUCCAGAUAAGAGGCAACAAUUAGUAGAAAUCGAUGAGAAACUGAAGUCGUUGAAUCGUCAAUUGCAGAGCGUUGUCGAAAGAAGUGGAGCCAACAAAUCAGAUCGACUCAGUAUUGUGAAAUAUAUGUACAACAUCAUUGGCUUAACCCAUUUGCAAGCUCAACAUCUUGGGUAUUCCACAGUAAGCUCGAUGAUGAUGCAUGAACGCAAUGCUAUGUCAUCCUCCGUGGAAGAAGUCCUUAAUCAGAAUGAGUCGUUGGCAAACAUUUUAAGGCCGUACGUUCCAAAAGCAUCUGUGACAUUGGACGAAGAAGCUGGAGCUUUCCUGCCUUCAAGCAAGCCCAAAGCACCAACCGAUAGUGAAAAGGAACUUUGGAUAGCAAAGCAAAGCUUCAAGAAGCUUGUGUAUCUAGAUGGUACCAUACAAGCCAUAGUCGAUUUUUGUGACUCGAUUCUUGGAAUAAACAUUGUCGAAAACAAGGAUGCAUCCUCGCUUGGUUGGAAUCAGAAUGUCCGUAUCUUUGAUGUCGCUAAUAAAACUGAUGGAUCUUCGAUUGGAACGAUUUUUUUUGACCCAUACAAUGACAAAUACUGGAGGUCAAGUGAAGCAAGCGAAACUACUAUGUCGCGCCUGUUCUCAAUUCGACCAAAUCAGACACGUUUUCCGGUCGCCGUGAUCGGGCUGUCGAUUGAGCCAACUUGGGAUGAUGUACCCACACCGCUAUCCUGGAAAGACUUUCAAGAUGUUUUGUUCCAUUUUGGCAAUGCAUUACAAAUGCUUUUAUCACAAAAGGCCAAGAUAGACAACAAGACUCCAUACUAUUUGCAACCAUCAGAUGUUUCUCAUUUUCUCGGAAAGUUCAUGGUAUUGUGGCUGUAUAAUGACGGCUUCUUGGAAAGAUUGGCGCAGCUCUCGCAGGACCAGUUCACAUUUCAGCCUGAACUGAUGAGGGUUCUUCGGCAAGAAUUCAAGAAACAAAGAGCCACAAAUUUAAUGGAAAAUAUUUUUUUGUGCACACUGGAACUGGCGAUUUUCACAGAUUUCGAUCCUAGGGGGGACGAGACGUUGGUGUCUCUACAGGGUCGUAUUGCACGAAAAUAUGUUCCCUACGACAUGCCUGAUUCAAACGACCUAGGUCCAAUGAUUGAAAUAUUUCAAUGCAAAAACCUCGACCCAAAGAUUUCUACAAAUUGCCCAGUGCAUUCAGAAAUGCUUGCAUGUAUGGCGUAUAAAAGAUUCAUGACCACGGACUUGCAAAAUGCUGGAGCGGUGGAAAAGUUAGGACAAGGGAUCCGCAAUCUAUUCCUUUCUCCAGAAACUUCUAGCAAGGAAUAUUUUGAAUCUCUGUGCGAUGCAACGGAGAUAUCAGUGAAGUCACUUCGAGAUGUUCACGAUUUCUGA